UCAUUGAAAAAUUACAAAUAUGAAUUUGUUUUAAUCUUUUUUAAUUAAAAAAAAAUAUGAGCGAUUUUAAUAAAGCCUAUGAUGAUUAUGUAUCGCUACAAAUGUCUUUGCAUCGAAAAUAUCGUGGUUAUCGUCAACAACGAAAAACAUCGAUACCAUCAAGAACACCAACAACAACAACAACAGUAAUACAUAUGCCCGAACCAUUAUCAUCAUCAUUUGUAUCAACAUCAACAUCAAAAUCAAAAACAAGAACACAACAAAUACAUAAACAAACAAACAAUAACAACAACAAUGACAACAACAAAGAUAUAAUCGAUCGUAAUAUAAUUGCAAAGGAAUUAUUGAAUAGAAAUAUACAUUUAUCAUCAACACAAUUUACCGGACCAAAUGGUUGGAUAUUUGUUGGUAAACAUACACCAACACAACGUAAUAUAGCAAUAAAAGUAUUUUUACGAACAGAAUUGGAAAAAAUGUCAGCAUUAAUAAUAAAACGUAGUUUACCAUAUGAACGUUUAUGUACUGAAGAUCGUUUAGUACGUGUUUAUGAAAUGUUUUUAUCUGGUCAAAUACUUUAUAUUUUACAUGAUUAUCACCGUUAUGGUAAUCUAGCACAAUUAUUAUUUUCAAAUAAUCCAAAUAAAAAAUCAUUGGAUGAAUAUUAUGCCCGACCAUUAUUUAAAACAAUAUUAAAAGCAUUGAAUCAUAUGCAUCAGAAUAAAGUUGCACAUCGUAAUCUGAAAUUGGAAAAUAUCUUAAUCGAUGAUAAUCAUCAACCAAUAUUAUCUGAUUAUACAUAUACAAUAUUAGUUGGUGAUAUAAAUAAUUUUGAUACAAUAAUGGCAACAUCAUUACCAUAUUUAGCACCAGAAAUUAUUGCACAUAUACCAUAUAAUCCAAUCGUAGCGGAUAUUUGGAGUUUUGGUGUUUGUCUUUAUAUUGUAUUAACAAAUUAUCUACCAUAUACACCAUAUGUAAAAGCUGAUGAUAAACAUAGAUGUUUACAAUUUAAAAAUUCAAAUAAAUUAUCUGAUGAUGUUAAAAAAUUUCUAAUAAAAACAUUAGAAUAUGAUGUUAAUAAAAGAAUGUCAACAACAUCAUUGUUAGAAAAUUCAUGGUUUAAGAUUAGAAAAUAAAUUAUAAAUAAAUUUUU